AUGCCGAUUGAAAUUGUUUGCAAGAUUGCGUUUUCGGAGGAUGCGGAGAAGCAGAAAGGGGCGGUGGAAUGUGACAAGAAGAGUCUGAUCGGCGAGCCCUGUCGCUCGGCUGCCACGGACCUGAUCACCUUUGCCGAUACCUGCUCACUACAUGGCAUAAACCACGUCUUUGUGGCAGGGGGUUGCGGAGUGAAGCAGAGUCUCUGGGCUCUCGCCUUCCUCUCCUCCCUUCUCUUCUUCCUCUACCAAGUGGUGAAUUGCACCGUCUCCUACCUCCAAUACCACCACAUCACGGCGCUGGACGAGGAGUUGAACCAGGAGAUCACCUUCCCCGCCAUCACCAUCUGUAACAUGAAUCGCUUUCGCCACAAUGCCCUGACUGAUGCUGACAUCUACCACCUGGCCAACAUGACGGGGCUGCCCCCCAAGAGCAAGGAUGCCCACCGGGCAGUGGUGCAGGGAUACCCUGAGCCCAACAUGAUGGACAUCUUCAACCGCACCGGCCACCAGAUCGAGGAGAUGUUGAAGAACUGUAACUUCAGCGGAUCCCCUUGUUCCUCACACAACUUCUCUGUGGUGUUCACAAGGUACGGGAAGUGUUACACCUUCAAUGCCAACAAGACCAGCGGCAGGAAGAACAAGCAGGGUGGCAUGGGGAAUGGCCUGGAACUGAUGCUCGACAUUCAGCAGGAUGAGUACCUACCCAUCUGGCAGGAGACAGACGAGACGUCGUUCGAGGCGGGGAUUCGUGUCCAGAUACACGGACAGCAUGAACCUCCCUUCAUCCACCAGCUCGGCUUUGGGGUUCCUCCCGGAUUCCAGACCUUUGUGUCGUGCCAGGAACAGCGGCUGACGUACCUGCCCCGUCCGUGGGGGAACUGUCGCUCGGAGUUACAGGGCAGCUUGGUGCCUGGGUACCUCAACUACAGUCUGGCCGCCUGUCGCAUCAACUGCGAGAAGCAGGCGGUGCUGCGGGAGUGUCAGUGUCGGAUGGUGCACAUGCCAGGGACGGAGCCCAUCUGUACCCCGGAGGAGUAUAUGGAGUGUGCCGACAGAGCCUUGGAUAACCUCAUCACGAUGGCCAACUUCAGCUGUGAGUGUGAGACGCCAUGCCACGUUACACGGUACAACAAAGAGCUGUCCAUGGUGAAAAUCCCUCGGCGAGGGUCGUCCAAGUUCCUCGCCAAGAGGUUCAACACGUCCGAGCAGAACAUCAAGGAGAACUACCUAGUGCUUGACAUCUACUUUGAGGCACUGAAUUAUGAAACCAUUGAACAGAAGAAAGCCUACGAUGUGGCGGGAUUACUGGGAGACAUUGGAGGCCACAUGGGGCUCUUUAUUGGAGCGAGUAUCCUGACCAUCCUGGAAAUCAUUGAUUACCUGUAUGAGCUAUUGCGUAUCCGUCUGCAGAGAGUUCUGCGGCCACAGCCUGCGCCCGUAAAUAAACCGCAGGACACCAUUGCGACCCUGGGCUUGGAUGAUGUCAAACUCGUGAGUAAUCGCAAGACCUGGGUUAAUCAGAACAGGACGUCUCACCACUUGCCCCGUGGUGUGAUGCUCCCUCAGUACCACCCCUCUCACAUUUAG